AUGACUUCUAUCCUCCCUCCCAUCCCCCGCUUUAUGUUCACUGUUUUCGAGCCCAUCUCCCUAAUAGCUGGAUGCCUCGGAGCCUGGAUAUCAGCAGAAUGGUUCGUAGCUGAACAGAUCCCCAAUUCUGUUCAAACAGCUCUAUCAAACAAUGCAACCACUGUGACCUACCAACUCGGCAAUUGUUAUUUUCUUCUAUGCUUGAUUGGCCUUGGCGUCCUGUAUACGACAACCGAAGCAAAGGUUGUCCGCAACUAUGUGGUAGCUCUCUGGCUAGCGGACAUCUCUCACGUGGGUAUCACGUACUGGAUGAUCAAUUAUGAUCAGAAGAUCGCUAUUACUGAUUGGAAUGUGACGACUUGGGGAAACAUUGGCUUUACGGUGUUUUUAUUCCUGAUUCGUACCGGCUACCUUCUCGGUCUCUUUGGACCCGAUCGCAACCCCGUGGUUCCGAGGAAGAAGGCGCAGUGA